AUGGUCAAGGUCACCAAUCUCUUCCAGCAAGGUUUGUUCCAUUGCGCCUAUCUAGUCACCAGACUUGGCCCCCAAAGGAGAGAACUGCGCAGCCCGCCAGCAGCGCUGACGUUGCCCUUCAAGCCUCCCUUGAAGUCCUCCAAAGACGUGGACUUCUUUUGCAACGUCCGGCGUGCCACCUUUCUCCAAGGCCGGCAACUGCGUAUCGACUUCCAGCUCAAGCGAGGCAAGUCCAAAGAUGACAUGCCGCUGGCGGACAUCGCCACCCUUCGCGUGGAUUCCAGGGCGGCUUCUGGGCCCAUGUGCUUCAGCCCACAGCUAAGACCGGACAGUGAGGUGAUGGAUGGGCACGUGAUCUUCGAGAAUGUCGACACAUGGAACGACUUGGAGUUCACCUACGCUCCUGGUUUCUCCUCCGUCCAGCUGAUGCAGCAGCGAAAUCGUGAGGUGCAGGGCGAAGUGGACUACGUCCUUUGGCCCGAGCCAAGUACUGCGCGCUUCGUGCACAUCGAAGCGGCAGUGAAGUUCUACCUGGCCGCCAAAGAGCAGGUGGCCAACUGGGACGAUUUCAUUGCUCCAAAUCCCAUCGACAUUCUUGGCGUGAAAUUGCGAAGAAUGCUUACUCAUCAAUUGCGGAUGGGUGACACUCCUCACAUCCAGCAGCUCUUGGCAAGUCAAGUUACACAGCAGCAUGGAAUCGACAUGGCCCAAAGCCUUGAGAGAUUGGAGAUUGUCAAUUGGCUCUGGAUGAACGGCCGGCUCUUCUUCCACAGCGCUGGUAUGCUGAACCAACUGGGCGGGGCGCCAGCAUGGCAUGAGCGGAUCGACAUGCUGAGUCCGGACUUGGAGGUGGGUUGGUGGUGCUUCUUCCACGAGCUGGAUGCAGUGCUGCCCGACGGGCUUUUUUACUUGAUCUUGAAGAAACCCUACUGGCUUUCGCCGCUCAAGGGUACAGGACGGCGUCAUGUGGACCAUGGACAGCUCAAGAGCAAGCAGCAGCUCCGAGAGGACGCGAGGAGCUGGCGGAGCUUUCAGUAUGUGGUCACGGGACCCGAAGGGCCGAAGGGAUCCGAAGGGGAACGGUGCUGA